CCCCACCCCAACCCUCUGGAUAUCAGGACCAGCGAAGGCCCUAUGGUGAACAACGGCAGGGUUGCAUACGCCAAGGGAAGCUUGUGUCUUUUGAGCUGGUUGCUUUGGAGAAGUACGAGGGCUCCCCGUAUCAGUGGAGACUUGUUGGUUUUCCGCCUUACUACAGCUGCACACAUGGAGCAAUAUUUUUCGUGUGAGCGAGCCGAUACUCUGGGUGGAAAGCGACUUGAGCCCAAAGUGGGAAUCGAUAUCCUCGGACCCGCCUCUUGAUAGGUCCAAACUUCCCUAGCAACUAGGCAAACCUAAACACUAGAAUAGCCAGUCAGAAAGCGGACCGGAAUGUGGCCUG